AUGACCCGUCGCAUUGUUCGCACCGUCAGCCAGCUCGGCGCCCUGCUGCUCACCGCCCUGCUCUUCGUCUUCCUUGUCGAUACCCGCUACCGCCUGCUCCCGCACUCCAUCCAUACCGCAAACUUCCUGCAUCAUCCCGGUCUCAUCGUCACCGAUGUCACCUUGACCACCUGCUCGUCCAUCAACCCUUUGUCUUCAUGUCAACUCGACCCUUCCAAAUGGCAUCGUAUCGAAAAGGACUUGUACCUGCAUAGCGGCUGGAUCUCGUCCGCAUACCUGCACAUACAGCGCAAAAAGGAGGAGGAACUCACCGAUGACGACAAGGUUGUUGUUGACCUCCGUGUUGGCCGUCUGGACCCCGGUGUCGGCGAAAAGGGCCAGCAGCAGGAACGAUGGGAGUCUCGUCCUGGCAACAUUUGGCUCUUGAGGAGCAGCAAGAAAAAGGACUCAGACAGCGACAGAGCUGUCACCGCUGUCGACCUUCUAUUCGGCGCCGAUGCCGUCGAUCCACGCCCAGGUUGGUCUGUGACACAGACUCCCCUACUCCUCGAUGCCGCCUCUAAUCUCCAUGCCGCUCGCAUCAGCAUUCGCCAUGGGCCCGUGCGAGCUGAAAAGAAGGACGUCGUUCCAAGAAUUCGCAAGGAUGGAAAAUUCAAGAUUAUACAGCUCAGUGAUCUGCAUUUGAGCACUGGCACUGGCUCCUGCAGAGACGCCAUCGACGCGACUGGUCCUGUCAAGGGCAACUGCGAAGCCGAUCCUCGCACACUUGAUUUUGUUGGCCGGAUACUUGACGAAGAGGCUCCGGAUCUGGUCGUACUAGGUGGCGACCAGGUCAACGGUGACACAGCGCCAGAUGCACAAAGCGCCAUUUUUAAAUUCGCCGAUCUGCUCAUCUCACGCUUUAUACCUUACGCUGCCAUCUUUGGUAACCACGACGAUGAAGGCUCAAAGGCUACUCGUCUCUCUCGCGAAGCUCAAAUGUCUCUGCUUUCCACUAUGCCUUUCUCGCUCUCUCGUCCGGGACCUGACAAUGUUGAUGGAGUUGGCAAUUAUUACGUCGAGGUUCUAGCCCAAUCUCCUUCUCAGAACUCGGCCAUUACUCUAUAUUUCCUCGACUCCCACAGCUACAGUCCGGAUGAAAAGACAUAUAGAGGUUACGAUUGGGUCAAGCCCAACCAGAUUCAAUGGUUUACCGAGACUGCUCAGAGCCUCAAGGCACAACACGCCAAGUAUACCCAUAUUCAUCUCGACAUGGCUUUCAUCCACAUCCCGCUCCCAGAAUUUGCCAUGCAAGGCAAUGUUGUCGCUGGUGGCGAAUUCAGAGAACCAAGCACUGCACCUGGCUUCAACUCUGGCUUCUACAAAGCACUCAAAGAACAAGGUGUUGUUUCUGUGGGCUGCGGUCAUGAUCAUGUCAACGAUUACUGCGCUCUCACUCCUCAAUCCAAGGAUGCUGCCAAGAGUGAAAACGUCGGCCCUUGGAUGUGCUACGCAGGAGGCAGUGGCUUCGGUGGCUACGCUGGUUAUGGUGGCUUCCAUCGUCGGGUCCGAGUCUGGGAUGUCGACAUGAAUUCCGGAAGAAUAGUGACCUGGAAGCGUGUCGAAUGCUGUGGCGACGAUCUCAAGAAGCGUAUUGGCGAAUUGCUGAUCGUUGAUGGAGGUCGCGUUGUCGUCCCACCAGAGUCCAGUUAA